UGAUCCAAAAUGGCACCCUUCGUGUUUUGAUGAAUAAUACUUUUUUGUUUGUUUCAUUCUUCGUAGCGUAGAAUUCGAAUAGAUAACAUACAUUUAAGAAGAAAAGCACUCGGCCUCUUUUGUUGUUGUUUCUACUGUAAGACAAUCAAGACAUUGAUAUUUGUUUAAAGGGUUAGAUUAUGUACUGUUGGUCAUAUUGAAAACGACUGCUAGCUAGCUGGCACAAUUAGUUAGCUAGCUAGUAAGUUAAGCUAAAGGUACCUGGAAAUAAAAGAAAAACGAUGGAAGAGUUGAGUGCCGACGAGAUCCGUAGAAGGAGACUGGCCAGAUUGGCAGGAGGGCAAACAUCCCAGCCCAGCACCCCCCUCAGCACUCCUCUAACAUCUCCACAAAGAGAGACCCCCCCUGGGCCCCUUCCUGGGACCUCAGGGGCCACACCCCAGCCCCUACCACCAGCGGCCUCAAACUCACUGGGGCUCAAUGUCCAGAGUGUCACCCCUGCCACCUCUCCUAUUUGCACCUCUGGUGUGGCCUACCGUAGUCAGAGCAGUGAGGGUGUGAGCUCCCUCUCCAGCUCUCCCUCCAACAGCUUGGAGACCCAGUCCCAGAGUCUGUCCCGAUCCCAGAGCAUGGACAUUGACACCGCCUCCUGUGAAAAGAGCAGCAUGUCCCAGGUGGAUGUGGACUCAGGUAUAGAGAACAUGGAGGUGGAGGACAGUGACCGCAGGGAGAAGAGGAAUCUGGCUGAAAAGGAAUCCAGUGACAACUCAGAUGUCUCUGAAGAGCAGGCUCUGCAACUCAUCUGUAAGAUCCUGCGUGUCUCCUGGAAGGAUCAGGACAGAGAUGUAAUUUUUCUCUCCUCACUCGCCACUGAGUUUCACCAGAGCAGUCCCAAAGAAGUCUACUCUGACUUCAAAGACCUGAUUGGCCAGAUCCUGAUGGAGGUUCUCAUGAUGUCCUCCCAUUCGCAUGUACACAACCCCUUCGCCAGCCUGACGGCUACGUCCCAGCCAAUUACUGCAGCCAAAUCUUCUGACCACCACCUGACACUCGUCCCGCCCUCCAGCCAGGGCAGCAGUCCCAUGGCCCCCUCGGCAGGCUCGUUUGGGUCCAGCUCUCUGUGCAGCCUGUACGGGUAUAGUCCACAUUCACUGGCUUUGAACGCUGCCAGGAUGACCUCUCCACCGAUCCCCACCUCCAAUGUCACCACGCCAUUCUCUCUGCAUCCCGUGGUACCAUCAAGCCCCCCUACAAUGUCCAACCCCUCUAGGAUUUCUCUCAACUCUUCCUCUGCCCCCCUGCCCAUCUCCCAGCGCUAUCGGCCCUACUCUGUCACCUCUCCUUGGGGGGUCUCCACUCCCCCUAGCCCUACCCCCAGAAUGGCUAGUAUCCCUGGGUUUCUCCCCGGCCCUGUUCCUGUCCCUUCAGGUCUCCCUGUCCUAACCAAUGCCCAAAUCCCGGCUUCACCGAUACCCACCGUUUCCCAGUCAAUUCCCUGCCCUGCCACCAGACCACUCCCACCCACCUCCAUGCCCAUCCCUCUAGUGCCCCCCUCGCCCAGAGAAGCCACCCGACGAGCUGCCCUGACCGCCCGGAUCCCGUCUAGCCCUCUCUCCCUCCUGUUCGUCGCCCUUUCUGACAUGUCUCAAGACAGCAGCGAUGAGGAGCCAGGGGAUGAGCAGGAGGAGGAUUUUGCACAUGUUCAGUUUGGGUCAAGUCUGGGUGCGGCAGGAGGGGGAAUGGCCUCAGAAUCCUGCAGUGACCGUUUCACUAUUGAACCAUGCAAGGAGACCGAGAUGCUCAACUACCUCAUCGAGCGCUUUGACAGUGUAGGCAUGGAGGAAAGGAAGGCACCGAAGAUUUGCAGCCACCCCAGUGUUAGCCAGCUCCUCAGCAACAUACGCUCGCAGUGUAUUUCCCAUGCUGCUCUUGUUCUUCAAGGUGCCCUCACGCAGCCCAGGAGCCCUCUGCAGCAGUCCCUGCUGGUGCCCUACAUGCUGUGCCGGAACCUGCCAUACGGUUUCAUUCAGGAGCUGGUUCGUAUGACCCAUGGAGAGGAAGAGGUUUUCAGACAGAUUUUUGUUCCAGUUCUUCAUGGACUGGGUCUGGCUGUUAAAGAAUGUUCAUUUGACAGUGACAAUUUCAAAUUUCCCCUAAUGGCAUUAGCUGAGCUCUGUGAAAUCAAGUUUGGGAAGACUCACCCUGUGUGCAAUUUGAUGACGUCUCUUCCUCUGUGGUGUCCCAAGUCUCUGAGCCCGGGGACUGGCAGAGAAGUCCAGAGACUGUCUUACCUGGGAGCCUUUUUCAGCCUGUCAGUGUUUGCUGAGGAUGACACCAAAGUGGGUGACAAGUACUUUUCGGGCCCUGCAAUUACCAUGGAAAACACUCGUGUGGUCAGCCAGUCCUUGCAGCACUACCUAGAGUCUGCACGGGGUGACUUGUUUAAAAUUCUCCACAAUAUACUACUGAAUGGAGAGACAAGGGAGGUAGCUCUUAACUACAUGGCAGCUGUGGUCAAUCGGAAUGUAAAGAAAGCCCAGAUGCAGACAGACGACAAGCUGGUGUCUACGGAUGGCUUCAUGAUCAACUUCCUGUCGGUGCUGCAACAGUUGAGCAUGAAAAUCAAGCUGGAGACUGUGGAUCCCUACUACAUCUUCCACCCACGCUGCCGCCUGCAGGUCAGCCCUGAGGAGACCAGGCUCAAGGCCACCAUGGAGGAGCUCAAGUCCUGGCUAGCCGAGAUUCAUGACGACUCUUCCAAGUUGUCUGAACCAAAGUUCCCUACAGAAUGUUUCUUUCUGACGUUGCACACCCAUCAUUUGUCCAUCUUACCUGGCUGUCGACGUUACAUCCGCAGGCUAAGAGCCAUUCGGGAGUUUAACAGGACGGUGGAGGAGCUGAAGAACAGUGAGAACCAGUGGAAGGACUCUCCUCUGGCCAGCCGACACAGAGAGAUGCUAAAAAGAUGCAAAACUCAGCUCAAGAAACUAGUGCGCUCCAAAGCCUGUGCUGAUGCUGGUCUUCUCGACGAGAAUCUUUUACGUAGAUGCCUGCAGUUCUACAGUAUGGUCAUUCAGCUAAUCCUGCGCAUGGUUGACCCUGCUUACCCACACAUGACUCUACCAUUGAAUCUGGAUGUCCCAAAAAGCUUUGCUGCUCUGCCAGAGUUUUACAUUGAAGAUGUGGCUGAAUUCCUGCUUUUUGUAGUGCAGUAUUCCCCUCAGGUCCUGUAUGAGCCCUGUGUCCAGGACAUUGUCACCUUCCUGGUAGUGUUCAUCUGUAGUCAGAACUACAUCCGGAACCCCUACCUGAUCGCCAAGCUGGUGGAGGUGCUGUUUGUUACCAAUCCGGCAGUGCAGCCACGUACCCAGCGCUUCUCCGAAAUGAUGGAGAACCACCCCUUGUCUGUCAAACAGUUGGUCCCGGCCCUCAUGAAGUUCUACACUGACGUGGAGCAUACCGGUGCCACCAGCGAGUUUUACGAUAAGUUUACCAUCCGCUACCACAUCAGCACCAUCUUCAAGAGCCUUUGGCAGAACGUGGGCCACCACGGCACCUUCCUGGAGGAGUUCAACUCUGGGAAGCAGUUUGUUCGGUACAUCAACAUGCUGAUCAACGACACCACCUUUCUGCUGGACGAGAGCCUGGAAUCCCUAAAACGCAUUCAUGAGGUCCAGGAGGAGAUGAAGAAUAAAGACCAGUGGGAUCAGCUUUCCAGGGAGCAGCAGCAGAGCCGCCAGUCCCAGCUGACCCAGGACGAGCGAGUGUCACGCUCCUACUUGGCUCUGGCCACGGAGACUGUUGACAUGUUUCACAUCCUCACUAAGCAGGUCCAGAAGCCCUUCCUCCGGCCCGAACUGGGGCCUCGUCUGGCGGCAAUGCUGAACUUUAACCUUCAGCAACUUUGUGGUCCCAAGUGUCGGGACCUGAAGGUAGAGAACCCAGAGAAGUAUGGUUUUGAACCCAAAAAGCUCUUGGACCAACUUACUGACAUUUACCUGCAACUUGACUGUGCCCGCUUUGCCAAGGCCAUUGCUGAUGACCAGCGGUCGUACAGUAGAGAGCUCUUCGAGGAAGUGAUUUCCAAGAUGAAGAAAGCUGGCAUCAAGUCCACCAUAGCCAUUGAAAAGUUCAAGCUACUAUCGGAGAAAGUGGAGGAGAUAGUUGCCAGGAACUCUCAGUCCGAAAUGGACUACAGUGAUGCACCUGAUGAGUUUAAAGACCCUCUGAUGGACACCCUAAUGACUGACCCUGUGAUACUGCCGUCCGGGAACAUUAUGGACCGAGCCAUCAUCCUCCGCCACCUUCUCAACUCCCCCACUGACCCCUUCAACAGACAGCCGCUCAACGAAAGCAUGCUGGAGUCACUCCCUGAACUAAAGGAGAGGAUCCAGACAUGGAUGAGGGAGAAGCAAGGGCAGGGACGUUUCCUGUAGUGAUGCUCCUUCCCAUCGACCGCCAGUAAGGGAUGUUACCACCGCGCCUGAAUAAAAUACCAUCAAGAACAGGGGGAAAAAUACCAGAUUCAGUUUUUCUUCCCUUUAUGCUAAUUUUCUCGUGUCGUCAUCUGAAGGCCCUUGGCUCUAAAACGAAACAUAAUAAAGUUAAGACUUUUAAAAGACUUUUA